AUGGACCAUUACCCCGCAGAGCACGAUGAAAUCGUGGCUCAGUUCUGUGCCAUGACUGGUGUCCAGGCAUCAGAUGCGAUAGAAUACCUUAAUAACAACCACGGAGACAUCGAAGCUGCCGUCGCUGACUUUUUUGCGGAGCAAGACGAAGCCCUAUCAGACACGAACCCAGCUGGUGGGCAGCGAUUGGGGGCUGAAGGAACAUCUGGCGGAGGCCGAUCUUUGGGGGGUGAAGGUGCUUCAUCCUCUUCUGCUGGCCCCACGCCGGCAGCGAAGCGCUCAGCGCCCAAGAAGAAAUUUGCUACAUUGGGCGACUUUGCAUCAACAAGUGGGGGCGAUUCUUCUGAUGAGGGUGGCUCAGUUGACCAGGACUUUUUUGCCGGAGGUGAGAAGUCUGGUUUAGCUGUACAAAACCCCGAUGACUUGAAAAAGAAGAUCCUGGAGAAGGCUCGAAGAGCGCAGCCCCCUCCCUCUGAUGAAUCUGAAUCUCGGCCCUCUCACUUCACAGGCUCUGCCCGUACACUCGGUGGUGACGACGCCCCAAGCCGAGUAAUCGAAGAUCCCUCUGGCCCUGCCCCAGUCCGUGCUCAGCGUGUUCAACGAACACUUCACUUCUGGGCUGAUGGAUUCUCAGUUGAUGAUGGCGAGCUUUACAGAUCGGAUGACCCCCGCAAUGCGGAGAUCCUGGAAGGUAUUCGACAGGGACGUGCCCCGCUUGGCAUCAUGAACGUUCAAGCAGGCCAGGAAGUCGAUGUAGAGCUUAAGCAACAUGAAGAGAAAUACACGAAACCAAAAUCGAAGUACAAGCCGUUCUCCGGCUCUGGUCAACGUCUGGGCAGCCCGAGUCCCGGCCUCCAGAGUCAAGCAUCCACUCCUACACCCGCCGAUCCUCAAGCCUCUUCCGCUUCCAGCUCGCAAUCAAAACCUGAGGUGGAUGAGUCGCAACCAACCGUUACUCUUCAGAUUCGACUUGGAGAUGGCACCCGCAUGACCUCUCGCUUCAACACCACUUCAACUAUUGGUGAGGUCUACGCAUUCGUCGGAUCCCACACUCCGGAUGGCCCCAACCGCGAAUGGGUUUUAAUGACUACGUUCCCAAACACUGAGCUGAAUGAUUGGGAGGUUGCUCUUGGUGAUCUCCCUGACUUUAAGCGUGGUGGUGUUGUCGUCCAGAAGUGGAAAUAG